AUGGAAGAAACCUUUGAUGGACCGGUUGUUCCUCAUCUUCGUGCUGGAGGAUCAUCUUCAUCUUCUCAGGCUCAACCCAGAAAGCCUGAACCAGAAAAGGAAAAGGUUGCUGAAAUGAAGGAUGCUCCGAUCGAAUGUGUUCUUACUUUUGAAGAAUUGACUGUUCUCUGUGAACCAAGGGUUGAUUUCGAUAACCUCGAGCUACAUGGGGUUAAUUUGAAGGCUGAGGUUGCCGCUCUGGGCUGGGAAAGAUACUUCAAUCGUCUCCCUGGGCCCGUUUAUGUGAAAUUGGUCAAGGAAUUUUGGAGAAAGGCCACCUGCAAUGAUGUUCAGAUAACCUCAUACAUUCUGGGGCAGAAGAUUGUUAUCACAGAAAUCUCUAUCGCCAAGCUUCUGGGAAUGGAAAACAAGAGAAGGAAACGCUUCACCAAUGUUGACAACCAGAUUCGGUUAGUUCAAAAGUAUGCUAAUCCUCAUCUCUUUGGCAACAAGGUUCCAAAGUCUGAUUGUAAGACUAAGGAUCUCUCUGCCAAAAUGAAAGUCUGGCACAAGAUACUUCUGAUGUGCAUCAACCCAAGACCCACUUCCAAUUCUCCAAACUACAUGAAUGCUACCCAGAAGUGUAUGCUCUACUAUCUGGAUAUAAAGUUCAAACUCUGUCUUCCCUACUUCCUAUUUCAGUAUCUGAAGGAUGCUAUAAAGAAAUCAAGAACCACAACCACCUCUGACAAAGCUUCAAUCAAGUACAUUCCUUUUGGAAGAAUGCUUUCAGACAUCUUCAUUGAGAAUGGGCUAGUCAAGUUCCAAAAGAACUCCAACUGCUUGGAUGAUCUGACUGUGGCCACUGGAGAAGCCAUUAAUGUCAAGACCCUCUCCAACAUGAAGCUUAUUGAGAAGAUCAUUGUGAAGCCAUUCAAAGAAUCACCUGACGAAUUGGCUCUGAGACGCAUCUACGUCGAUGGUUACCCACUAUGGUCCAAGGAGGACUCUCCAGAAGCCAUUGUGGAGUAUUUGAAUAGCCUGAAGGAUGAAGGCGUUGAUGUAGAUCCUGAAGUGUUCAUCAGGAAUCUUCCUGAAACUUCAAGUGCUGAGCCUCCAAGAAAAAAGAAGUCUAAAGUGGAAACUUCUGAAGGCGAUAAGAAGGCCAAGAAGAAGUCGAUUGUUCCUACAACAACUUCAGAACCCACUGACGUCACCCUCAGAAACUACUCCCCAACCACUUCCAAAGAUUUUGUUUUCUCCCAACCAAAAAACCCAGCCAUACAAUCUCCAUCUGAUCCACCCAUCCAAGAUCAGAUGAUUGUAGACCAAGCAUCUGAACACCUCCACUCUGAAGCAAAAACCUCUGCUCCAGUUACCUCUAAAGCUUCAAGCUCCACUCUUAAACGCACCCCUUCCAACCAAGCUCUGAUUUCAUUCAGCUCACUUGAACCUCACAACCUUCUUGAGUUUCUGAACUGCAUGACUAUUGAGGCAAACAUAAUGAUUCGCAAUCUACUGCAAGAGUUAGCUCUGGCCGGAAUUCGUCGCAGAGAAGAAGAAGAAAAUGCAGCUCUCCAAGUUGCACUUGAAGAUGAACUGGCUGAAUGGAUUCAAGCUGAGGCUCAUUAUGAAAAUGUUGCAUGUGAAGAAGGCACUCGCCUUGCAGCUCUGCUUAAGAAAGGCAAAGCCCCUCAGAUGGAUUCUGAACCCAGUGGCUCUGCAUCUGCACAGAUCUCCUCUUCCAUUCAGAUUGCUCCCUCUGCAUCUGCUUCACCUGAUCUUUCUGCUGUUGCACAACAGCUUGCUAGUUUUCAGGAGCGUUUUGACAAGCAAGAAGUUUUCAACAAGAGUGUGGAAGCAAUGUUUGCAGAUAUUCUCAAGAGGCUUCCAGAUCCCAAACCUUAG